AUGGUUAGUGUUUUUAGAGGCCUUCGGGAGAGAUUUAGCAGCAAUGGGAACAAGAGUCAGACGAGGAGCAGUAGUGUGGUCCAAAACUUGGACAAGUUGAGGAAAAAAGAGCCUAAGAGGAGUACAAAUCCACAGAUACGAUCUUUUUCAGCACCAGUGGAAGCACCGGUACCCAAACCGGUGUUCUCACCGAUGGGAUCACCCAAGACUCUGUCAUCGGAAGUUAUGUCAAGUGUUAGUGGUGGUCAAGGUAAUAGAUACUAUAUCUAUGAUCCCAAGGCUUACUUGAAUGGAAACAAGGAUGGACAAUUUGAUAUAUUCGAGAAAUCCAAUGGGAUUACUCCUACAUCGGCACGGUACGUGAUUCAGUACCUGACCAAUCACAUUAAGGAAUUGAUCUUGCAGAAAGAGGAUAGUAAGACGUUAUUACAAGUUUUCAAACCAAAUUUACACCAUUUCUCACAUAAAGAAGUGAUCGAAACUAAGAAUAUACUAAAGAAUUUCUUCCCCGAAGAUGGUUGUAGUUUGAAAGGUGAUGAUUUAUCUACUGCGAUGAGACUUAAUUUCAAGAAUAAUAUCGGUUCAUUGACAAUGGCUUUGAGGAUUCUUUGGAACGAGUUUCCUAGAGGAAUCGUGCCCUGGGAAGCCUACUAUAAAUUUAUUAAGUGGGAAAGUGAGAAUGACUUCCCAUUGGAGUCGUUCCAUUUUAGACUAUCUAAAUUCUUACCGGAUAAGGACUACACUUUCUGCACAUUCGCAUUCCUAGAAUUUCUUCUAUGCAUUUUGUUACAGAAGAAUAAAUUACUUGUUGACAAGAGUGUGCAAUUGGAUUUAAUAUUUACCGCAGGAGCGACCUGUUUUGUUCGUGAGCCAUUCGAAGACUUGAAUGACGAUACACCUGCUGUGAUCAAAUCUUAUCAUACCCGCGGUAACGCCUUGUACCGAUUGUUCGUGGGAUACUUGAGAUCCUUGAACCAUGAGGGCAAAGUCAAGGACUUUUACCUAUCAGACAUUUUCCACAUCGAUCAAUACCCACCAACUGCAUAUCGAGCCCGAUCUUCAAAGGCCUUGACUUUGACCAUCCCAUUCGAGUUCUCUAACGGUAACGAUUUCACUUCGUUGAUAUAUCAGGCCGCGACAGCGAAACAACGUUUUUACUCAUCCAAAACCUCAUUCUCCAAAGUUGAAAAUGUCUUUUUGGAUCAAUUAGAAGAAGAGACUCUGAAAGUGAUUACGACAUUAUUCUCUGAAUCUUCCAACAGAUAUAUAACCACAUUUGACAAUGGAUUCAAUGCUGGAAUGUUAGAAAACGGUCAAGAAGGCGAACAACCAAAAGUAGGCGACGACCAAUAUGCAGUUGCUACAUGGUUACAUUUUGCCAAAGAACAAAACUCAUUUGACGAGUUACUCAAGAUGUUGGAAGGUGGAAAUUGUGCAGAGGGAGGUACGUUAGCAUUAGGCGGUGGAGCAGGAGGACUCACUUUACAACAACCACUAAAACUAAAUCGUGAACCCUCUCAAGACUCAAAAGUACGAGUUGCCAAGACAGAUAUAAGCGAAUGGCUCAUAUCAUCAUGGAAGAGCGAAAUGUUUAUGAACAGAGUGCAUAACACUCUGCUCAUCAAACUAACAAAGAAGAUCGGUGAGUGUAACUGGCUUGUCAUAACAGGUGAACAAUCCGCUUCCACAACCACUCCACCAACCAACAAUGCUAACGCCCUAAAUGACUUAUUAGAUAGUUGCUAUACAGAGAGCGUAAUGACUUAG